GGACGUACAACGGAUCUUCUUUUUGUCGCAACUGCUCGAUAUCAAUAUUUCGUUCUUUCAUAUGAUGUUGAAAAUCAAAAAUUAAUUACUGAAGCGACGGGAAAUUUUGUGAAUCGAGUCGGAAAACCUGCAGAAUUAGGACCACUUUCUGCAAUAGAUCCUAAUUGUAAAAUGAUUGGAUUGUAUGCGUAUCAUGGUCUAUUGACCGUAAUGCCAAUGAUAACAAGUUCUGGGAAACAAAAACAGCAAUUAAAUAAAAGUUCUCAGCAAAUCCGAAGAGAUGCAAGAAAUAAUCAACCUAUCGGAACCAUUCAAAAACCAUUUAAUUUAAGAUUAAAGGAAUUGUUGAUUCGAUCAAUGGUUUUAUUACAUAAUACAGAUUUACCUACAAUUGCUAUUUUAUAUGAAGAUUCGAAAGAACGAUGUCAUAUCAAAACUUAUACAAUAAAUCUUAAAGAAAAAGAAUUUGUAGAAGGUCCCUGGAAACUGAAUGAUAUUGAUGAUACUUCAAAUUUAUUGGUUUCUGUUCCUAAAGGUGGAUUUUUGAUCGUACAAUCAAAAACUAUUGUAUAUUAUGAUGGUAAUUUUAAGGCACGGCAAAUUGAUUUGGAGUUCCCAACUGCGGCAAGAGGAAUCGCGGCUGUUGAUGAUGACGGAUCGAGAUAUUUGAUUGGUGAUGUGUUUGGGCAACUUAUUUUAAUUGUAUUACCUGAUACAGGAGAAUUAUAUACACACUUUCUCGGAAAGAUUUCAGUCCCAUCGAGCCUACUUUAUCUUGAUCAUAGUUAUGUUUUUGUUGGGUCCCAUUUUGGAGAUUCACAAUUAAUAAGAUUACGACAAGAUAAGAACGAACAAGGUUUUUUAUUGGAUAUACUUGAAAAAUUUAUCAAUUUGUCACCAAUACAAGAUUUUUGUAUAGUAAAUUUGGAACGACAGGGACAGGGUCAAGUUAUUACUUGUUCAGGUGGUUCAAGAGAUGGAUCGUUACGAAUUAUUCGUAAUGGCGUUGGUAUUACGGUUCAAGCAACGCUGGAUAUGUCUGGAAUAAAUGGUAUUUGGUCUUUACGUCCACAUUUUGACGCAGAUUACGAUGAUAUGAUGGUUAUCUCCUUUAUUGGAGAAACGCGUAUUUUAAAAUUGUCACAAGGUGAAGAAUUGGAAGAAGUAAACCAAUAUUGCGGCUUUGAUAUGAGUCGAUCCACUAUAGCGACAUCCAAUAUAAUUGGAAAUUUACUUGCACAGGUUACUGAAACUAGUGUAAGAUUGGUUGAUUUAAAUAAUCAGAGAGUCACUUCAGAGUGGAAUCCUCCGGCACUUAGUAAGAUAACUGUUGCUGACAUAAAUCCUACUCAAGUAGUUGUAGCACUUGGAGGUGGUAGCUUAAUUUAUUUUGAGAUAAAAGGUUUAGAGCUAGUAGAAAUAAAAUCAACGAAAUUAGAAUACGAAGUUUCGUGUGUUAAUAUUAGUCCACUAGAUAUAAAUAAUCCUAUAAAUUCCACGGUAGUUGCCGUGGGUCUCUGGACUAUAAUUGGAGUACAAAUAUUGAGGUUGCCUACUUUAGAAAUAAUAGCAAGUCAACCUCUUGAAGGAACAGCGAUUACGCGUUCUGUAUUGUUAACAACUUUCGAAUAUAACCAUUAUCUAAUAGCAGCUUUAGGUGAUGGGCAAUUGUUCCAUUUCAUUUUCACUCCAGAAACGGGUCGGUUAUCAGAGAAGAAACAACUUUCUCUUGGUACACAGCCCAUAAUGUUAACUUCAUUCACAUCCAAUGGAAUGAAUCACGUUUUCGCUGCUUCGGAUAGACCAACAGUAAUUUAUAGCAGCAACAAAAAAUUGCUUUAUUCUAAUGUUAAUACCAAGGAUGUCACAUAUAUGUGUCCUUUCCGACCCACACCUAUGGCAACAUCGUUAGUUAUCACGCAUGAGGAAGGUUUAACUAUUGGCAGUAUUGAUGAAAUACAAAAACUUCAUAUUAGGACAAUACCCCUUAAUGAAAUGCCACGUCGUAUAUUUCAUCAGGAAUAUAGUAAUACUAUUGGAAUUUUAACAACGAGACCAGUACCUGAUCCUGAAACUGGUAUACAGGAACAUUUAUCGUUUUUCAAGGUUUUAGACGACCAGUCAUUUGAAUUUUAUGAUUGGUUUCAAAUGUUACCACAUGAGUCGGUUCAUUGUCUUACAUCUGUAAAAUUUGAUCAUGAAAGAGAAGAAGCACCAGAAUAUUAUGUUGUCGGAACUUCAUUUGCUUUUCCAAAUGAAACCGAAUCGUUAAGAGGUAGAAUUUUGAUAUUCCAUGUGGAUAAAGUUGAUCAUGCACCUAAAUUAAAAUUAGUUCAUGACAAGGAAAUGAGGGGUGCAGUUUUCACAUGUGCGCCAUUUAACGGCAAAUUAUUGGUCGGUGUAAACUCAACGGUGAUCGUUUUGGAAUGGAAUCCCGAAGAAGGGAAAGAAAUGUUGACGGAAGUUUGCAAUUAUGUUAAUUUUACAAUGGCGUUGCAUGUUGUCGCACGAGGUCAUUUCGUAGUAGUCGGCGACUUACUGCGAUCAGUUUCUUUGUUAGCAUACAAAGAAUUGGAAAAAGGCGAAAAGGUUUUAGAAUUAAUAGCUAACGAUUAUAAUCAAAAUUGGUUAUCGGCAGUCGAAGCUCUUGAUGAUGAUGAAUUUAUAGCUGCUGAUACAGAUCACAAUCUUUUUACACUCAAGAGGAAUUCAGAUUCAACAGAUGAGGAUGAACGAAGAAAAUUGGAAGAAGUGGGGGCAUUUCACUUGGGUGACCUAAUAAAUCGGAUACGACAUG